GUCAACCGAGUCAUUCGCCGCAAACUUUUGCCUCGACCGCAUCGCAGUCUCCUCUGCAGAACCAAGAAAAUCCAGAAGCAAGCACAUUAAAACGCGCUAAUUGACAAGACGAGAGUGUUAGCAAAAACAUCCCAGAAUGAAGCCCAGCAAAAACUCAACGUUGGAUGUAAUCUCGCCGAAGGUGCAGGUGGACGAUGAGUUCAUCACAACCGACUACGACUACCAGACCUCCCAUGUGAAGCGCUCCGCCGAUGGACAGAUCCAGGUGCACCCCCAGACGACGGCGCUGAAGAUACGGACGGGUCGCUAUGUGCCCAAAUUGGGCGUAAUGCUGGUGGGGUGGGGUGGCAACAACGGAUCCACGCUGACCGCAGCCCUGGAGGCCAAUCGCCGCCAGCUGAAGUGGCGCAAGCGGACGGGUGUCCAGGAGGCCAACUGGUAUGGUUCCAUCACCCAGGCGUCCACCGUGUUCAUUGGAUCUGACGAGGCCGGUGGCGAUGUCUACGUGCCCAUGAAGGAGCUGUUGCCCAUGGUGGAGCCCGACAACAUUGUCGUGGACGGCUGGGACAUCAGUGGCCUCCACUUGGGCGACGCCAUGCGCAGGGCCGAGGUCCUGGAUGUGGCUCUGCAAGAUCAGAUCUACGAUCAGCUGGCUCAGUUGCGCCCACGUCCAUCCAUCUACGACCCGGACUUUAUCGCGGCCAACCAGUCGGAUCGGGCUGACAACGUAAUCCGUGGGACUCGGCUGGAACAGUACGAGCAGAUCCGGAGGGACAUCCGUGACUUCCGCGAGCGCAGUGGCGUCGAUUCGGUCAUCGUCCUUUGGACCGCCAAUACGGAACGCUUUGCGGAUGUUCAGCCUGGUCUGAACAACACCAGUCAGGAGCUCAUCGCCUCCCUGAAGGCCAACCACGCGGAGGUUUCACCCUCCACGAUCUUCGCAAUGGCCAGUAUCGCCGAGGGGUGCACCUACAUCAACGGCUCGCCGCAGAACACCUUUGUGCCCGGACUGAUCCAGCUGGCUGAGGAGAAGAAUGUUUUCAUUGCCGGCGAUGACUUCAAGUCCGGCCAGACUAAGAUCAAAAGCGUGCUGGUUGAUUUCUUGGUGGGAGCUGGUAUCAAGCCGGUGUCCAUUGCCAGUUACAACCAUCUGGGCAACAACGACGGCAAAAACUUGUCCGCUCCCCAGCAGUUCCGCUCCAAGGAGAUUUCCAAGAGCAACGUGGUGGACGACAUGGUUGCCUCCAACAAAUUGUUGUACGGACCCGAUGAGCACCCCGAUCACGUCGUAGUAAUCAAGUACGUGCCCUAUGUGGGCGACAGCAAACGGGCCAUGGAUGAGUACACAUCGGAGAUCAUGAUGGGCGGCCACAAUACCCUGGUGAUCCACAACACCUGCGAGGACUCGCUGCUGGCCACCCCUUUAAUUCUUGAUCUGGUAAUUCUCGGUGAGCUGAGCUCUCGCAUUCAGCUGCGCAGUGCGGACAGGGAAUCCGCCCCUUGGGUCCCCUUUAAGCCAGUCCUUUCCUUGCUGAGCUAUCUGUGCAAGGCGCCUCUGGUGCCCCAAGGUUCCCAGGUGGUCAACUCGCUCUUCCGCCAGCGCGCCGCCAUCGAGAACAUCCUGCGCGGCUGCAUCGGUCUGCCACCCAUUUCUCACAUGACCCUGGAGCAGCGGUUCGACUUCUCCACCAUCACUAACGAGCCGCCUCUAAAAAGGACCAAGAUUCUGGGUCAACCCUGCUCCGUUGAAUCGACCUCCAAUGGAAAGAAGGUCCAUGCCAAUGGAAACACCAAUGGGUCCGCCAAGCUGGCUACCAACGGCAAUGGCCACUGAAGGGUCGACCCAUCACUGAUUUUCAAUCGGAAUAUAUAACUGAAAUAUAUAUGGUUUUAUAAAUUAGAAAAUAGACUUAAGCUACUAUUACUAACUGAAUCGUUUAAAUAUAAAAAGCGUAAUGGAUUGUUGUCUGCAUUCUACAAA